CUCGUUCAACAUAGCCAUUAUCCGAAGUUCCGAACCCACGCCAAGCCCCAGGGUCCGACCGCAGAACCGACCCAAAAUGUCGCCCGCCUCUUCCAUGCUCACCGCCGUGUCGCUCUCCUCCCCGCUCCCAGCCCCGCGCCUCCGCGCCGCCGCCGCCGCCUCCUCCUUCGCUCCGCCGCGCCGCGCGGCAGUCGCACUCGUCGUGCGCGCGGCGUCCGCAUCUUCCAAGUCCCCUGCCACGGCGGAGGCGGCCCCGAAGAAGAAGAGGGCGACCGGCAUCACCCAGCCGAAGUCCGUGUCGCCGGCGCUGCAGGCAAUCGUGGGCGACCCGGUUAUUCCCCGCACCGAGGUCCUCAAGCGCCUCUGGGCCUAUAUCAAGGAGCAUAACCUCCAGGAUCCCUCUGAUAAAAAGGUGGUGGUUUGUGAUGAGAAGCUGAAGGUCCUGUUCGCGGGGCGGGAGCGAGUGGGAUUCCUUGAGAUCGCCAAGCUUCUCAACCCUCACUUCGUGAAGUGAUGAGGAGGAGCCAGGCCACUUCCAGGAAUCGAGUUAGCUUAUAUGGUUGGUUGGUUACUUGUGGCUGGCCUAGAGGGUGCGCGUGCGUUGGGUUUUGGUAGCCUGAGUUGGCUCGCUCGACUUUGUAGAAUGCUGUUGUUAGCUUUUAUUAGUAGCCUUCAGCUCGUAGCCUGGUAUGCAGUUAGCGUGUGUGGUGUUCUGCUAUGGUUUAAGUUUAACCACUGUCCAUAGUCAGUCAAUGUUAGCUUCCUUGUCCUUGCAAUGGAUGUUGCUGUGUGAAUUAUGGUCCAACAUGGAUUGGUUGCUCUGCUAUGGUUUAGUCACUGCCCAGUCAGUCUAUAUAUAUUUUUUGAUGGUAA